GAGAUUGCCACCUCUUCGCAUAGUUCUGGGAAGUUGGCGUGUGGCACGACCCAACCAGGCUCACUCAAGCACUGGAUAUCAGAUCGAACCGUGGCACUACUGAAAUCUCGAAGAAAUAUCCCAGCCGGUCCCGAACAUAACCCGAUGCGAAGAUCCAUCAGACGUCAAUUGAAAGAGAGCUUGCGAUCCAACCGUGAAGUAUGGUGGACACAGAAAGUCAAAGAAAUGGAAGAGGCCCGGAAAGCCGGUAAUGCCCGGAGAUUAUUUCAGUUAAUCCGUGCGACCGGUCCCCGGAAACCACCUGUGAGUGAAAGCAUCAAGCAUCAGAAUGGAACGACCAUCUCUAAUAAGGAGGAACGCCUUGACCGGUGGGCUGAAUACUUUGAACAACAAAUGUCUUGGCCACCAGCCGGCACUCAUCUACAGCCCACAGGUGAAGUAGAACCCUGGACGGUGAACGUGGAACCACCUACGGCCUCGGAGGUUUACGACUGCAUAUGUUCUCUCAAGCGCCACCGAGCUCCCGGUCCGGAUGACCUUCCACCUGCACUGUUCAAAGACGGGGGUGAAGUCCUCAGUCAGCGCCUGUCCGACCUGUUUGCUUGCAUUUGGGAAAAGGAGUCUGUCCCAGACAACUGGGGAGAAUCGGUGAUAGUGCCCAUUUUCAAAAAAGGGGCGCGUAGAAGCGGUGUCCGUCAGGAAGGCCAACUCUCCCCGGUCCUUUUUAACUUCGCGAGCGAUGAAAUAAUGAGACGAACGCUGGAGGGUCUCCAAAACCCUGGUGUGCAAAUAGCCUGUGAAGAAAACCUCGUCGAUCUGGAAUGUGCAGACGACAUCGUUCUCAUGCUCGAACAGGCGGAGAAUGCGCAAGUAUUCCUGGAUGAACUGACCAAAGUCAUCGCGUUCUUUGACUUUCAUGGUGAAAAGGGACCAGAAAACAUCAUGAGGAUAGAUGCCAAAAAAGAUUUGGGCAUCUGGGUCUCCUCAAACUUGUCCUUCGCACUACACCAUGAGAAAUCGGCCCAAAAGGCAUUCGCCGUUUUACGGAUGAUCCGACGUACCUUCUCCCGUAUUACUCGCAUGGACUUCCAAAUACUCUAUGGGGCCUACGUCAGACCGCUCCUGGAGUACGCCGACCAAGUUGUCUACUCAGGACGUACGAAAGACGUUACCCUCAUUGAGCGUGUCCAGCGGGCCGCCACGAGAAUGGUUGCCGGCCUCAAGUCCGUGGACUACGAAACGCGUCUCGUGACGCUUGAUCUCUUUCCCCUGGAGUGCCGUCGCCUCCGAGGGGACCUAAUUCUUACCUACGCCUUGUUUGAACAAAGCUUGGCAAACAGGUCAGCAGUCAAGAGCACUUUUUCAACCUUCAUCGUGGUAACCGCGCCACGCGGGUGCAUUUUAUGGAUCUGGAUGGAUAACAACAUUCGUUCAAUCCGUUCGAUCAAAAGUUUGGACCUCCUGAAUAGUACUCGACGAGAGGAUGAAUCAUUCUUAAAUUUGGCAAGUGAAGAGGUCAAGAAGCUGUGCUCACCUCUGCUGCUAGAAACCUCGAAGCUGGAGGAGUUAAUGAACAAGUUAAACAAAGAAUUAGACGUUGGUUUAUCAACCGAAGACGAUAAACCAAAAGAACUCAAGAUGCUGAAUACUUUUGUUAAAGAGCUAUCAUCACAGAGGAAACUAAUUCCAUAUUACUCCGAAAACUUAUUGUUCUUCAAAUAUGUUGCUGAAACGAUAUAUGACUUCUUGUUGAUGCGAAAAUUACACGAAAAUAGCUUCGAUUUGGCUGUCUCGUUCAACUUUCCUGUCGAACUACGGUCACUCUCUACUGCUUAUCUGAUCCAAUGGACAAAAGAAUUCGCUUGUGACUCCGUAGUUGGACGUGAUGUUUGCGCACUUUUACAGGAGGCACUGGACAACCUGGGCCUGGAUGUAAAAAUACAAGCCAUAUUCAAUGACACAGUUGGUGUUUUGGCGGCUUGUGCUGCAAAAGAUCCAGAAUGUGCCAUCGGACUGAUUGUUAGUACCGGAAUGAAUUGCUGCUACUUUGAAAAGGCAACACGAAUUAAUCGACCCUUCGCCAAGUUUGCCGAAGGAGGUGAACUAAUUAUAAACACAGAGUGCGGAGGAUUUGGCUCUUAUGGUUCUAUGGAUCAGUUCAUCACGAAAUAUGAUAAAAUAGUUGAUGAAUCUUCCGUUGCACCUGGGAAGCAGAUCCUCGAAAAAAUGGUAUCAACACUGUACAUAGGUGAGCUAGCCAGACUGGCCAUCUUGGAGGCUACGGAAAAGAAACUCCUUUUCAAUGGUCAACUGCCCGAAAGACUGGCUGUUGCCAAUAGCUUCACAUCGCAGUUCUUAUUUGAUAUUGAUCGUGAUCCACCACACAUCUACAUGUCAACGGAAGUUGUGCUUCGUGAACGGUUCAAGAUCACCUGCAUUCGUAAGAUGGAUAUGGUGAACAUUCGGUAUAUCUGUCGCGCACUCGUAACCAGAUCAGGAAAUAUGGUUGGAGCG